AUGCCUUCCUCUGUAGUAAAAGAGAUUACCUUUAACAUUUUUUUUUCAGUGAAAAUAGCUUCAGCCUUACCCUCUCUCUCUCUCUCUCCCUCCCUCUCUCUCUCCCCCUCCCCCCUCACUCUCUCUCUCUUGAUACUUGGUCAGCCAUCAACAACAUUAAGUCAUUCAUUGUUUUCUUCGUCUUCCAUGGCCUUCACCCUCUCUCCUCUGAACUUUCUCUCUCUCUCUCUCUCUCUCUCUCUCUCUCUCUCACUCUCUCUUUCCCAUGUCAUUAUCCCCCUCUCUCUCUUUCUCUCUCUUUGUUUUCCUUCUUAUUUCUUCCUUCGUUUUUUUUUCUUUAUCAAUGCAACCCUUUCUCUCCCUUUCCUUCUCUCUCGUUUUCUUCCCAGUUUCUUAAAGUUGUCACUUUCUAACCUCCGAGGUUCUCUCUUCCGGUUUCCAUUAUUCUGUCUCUUUCUCCAUUUCCUCCUUCUAAUUGUCAUUUUCUUUCUCACUUACUCCCCCUUUUCUAUCUAUCUAUCUAUCUAUGUCAUUCUGUCCACAUCUAUCUAUCUAUCUAUCUAUCUAUCUAUCUAUCUAUCUAUCUAUCUAUCCUAUCAUGUCAUUCUGUCCACAUCUAUCUAUCUAUCUAUCUAUCUAUCUAUCUAUCUAUCUGUUCAUAUCUAUCUAUCUAUCUAUCUAUCUAUCUAUGUUCAUAUCUAUAGAUCUAUCAACCUAUCGGGCUAUCUAUUCAUCUAUGUAUCUAACUACUUAUCUAUAUGUACUUAUCUCUCUCCAUAUCUAUCUCAGUCUGUUACAUCUUUUCUUUCUCUCACUCUCUCUCUCUCUCUCUCUCUUUUUUUUCUUUCUUUUUUUUCUUUCACAUUUUUUUAUUCAGCUUUUUUUUCUUUCUUUUUUCUUCUUUCUUUCUUUUUCUUUCUACAUUCUCUUUUUAUUGCUUUUCUUUCUUUCUUUCUUUUUUUUUUUUUCUUCUACAUUUCUUUUUUAUUCAGCUUUUUCUUUCUUUUUCUUUCUUUUCUUUCUUUCUUUUUUUUUUUUUCUUUUUCUUUCUUUUUCUUUUUUUCUUUCAGCUACUUUCUUUUUUUUUUUUUUCUUUCUUUUUCUUUUUUCUUUAUUCAGCUUUUUUUUUCUUUCUUUUUUUCUUUCUUUCACAUUCUCUUUUUAUUCAGCUUUUUUUCUUUUUCUUUUUUUUCUUUCUUUUUAUUCAGCUUUUUUUUCUUUCUUUCUUUCUACAUUCUCUUUUUUAUUCAGCUUUUUCUUUCUUUCUUUUUUCUUUCUUUCUUUCUUUCUUUCUUUCUACUUUCUCUUUUUUAUUCAGCUUUUUCUUUCUUUUUUCUUUCUUUCUUUCUUUCUUUUUUAUUUUCUUUUUUAUUUUUUUUUCUUUCUUCUUUCUUUCUUUCUUUUCUUUCUACAUUCUUUUUUUCUCUUUUUAUUCUUUCUUUCUUUCUUUCUUUCUUUUUUUUUUUUUUUUUUUUUCUUUCUUUUUCUUACUUUUCUUUCUUUUUUUAUUCAGCUUUUUCUUUCUUUCUUUUCUUUUUCUUUUUUCUUUCUUUUUUUCUUUCUUUUCUUUUUUUUUUUUUUUUCUCCACUUUCUCUUUUUUUUCCUUUCUUUUUUCUUUCUUUCCUCUUUUCUUUCCUUUCUUUCUUUUUUUUUCUUUGGCAUGUCGUUGGCAGCAACUGAUUUUCCUAUGCGAAACUGUUCUGCAGUCCUUCACAUUCUAUCGGGGGAACGUUGUACACGGCAAGAUUCUUAAGUUCUUUUAA